GGUCUUCUAAUCGAACUAUGUGAAAGAUGAACCCUUUUUUAUUUGCGCUCUGGCAGAUGCUAUGCUUUCGUGAAUUUAAUCUGUAGCUCCUGAUCUUGAUUUCUAGGGUUUCUCUGUGACAUUUCUCUGUUCCCAUUUAUCCGUCCGGUACUAACUUUGAAAAUGGUGGCCAAGUAAACAGAGCAAUUUCUGUUAUCCGGAUUUUUCUUCUUGUGAUCUGGAAUUAGUCUUCCUAAAUAUUUUCAUCAUAAUGGGUUUUCAUAUUCCAUUGCUUGGCAUUUUGUUUGAUUUGUAACAUUAUUUUGUAUGGCUAAAGACAAUGGAAUCACCCAAAAUAAAUUUUUUACGGAAUUUCGGUGGAGCUAUGGGUGUCUAAAGUUUGGAGGACUAGUCAUAGGGCUUGGCAUCCUGUGAAAUUUGCAUGGUUUACAGAAUUUGAAGAUAUGCUUCUUCGGUGGUUUUUAAUUGUCCCUUGUUAAUGGUAGACGUGCACAACAGAAUGUCUAAAUCAAACUUUGUUCUAGUUUUUGCUCGAUAAUUGUGCAGUAAUACAUUAGAAUGUCACUUCCAGUUCGACUUUAGCGAGGAUGAUUGCUGAUAAUAUCUGUCAAUUUGAGCCCUGGUUAAUGGUCCAGGUGGUUAAAGAGUGAGGUGGGAUUCAGAGUGCAGAAGAUUCAAGGAAAGAGAGGAGCUGGACCUCUGAAUUGGUGAUGGUGGAAGUAUGGUGGUCCCUAUUGGGGGCUGCUAUCCCAGCAGUUAUUGCAGGGCAAGCUUUUAGAAUGAAGAAAAAGCGUACUGAAGAGCAGAGGUUAAAGACUGCCAGGGGUAGGGAGAAGAGUUCUGAUGACAUAUUUGUCUGUGAAAGGGUAUGUACAUCAAAGAGAAUGUUGAAAAAGGUUGGUUCCUUCUCAAAGGACCCUAUUCCUGAUACCUGUGUUACUGUCUGUGGUGUGUCUGAGCUUGACGCUUGUGCUGAUGCAUGUGCUCGCACUGUUUGUGUAAAUCAACAUCAAGUGCCUAAUUGGAAUGACGUCUGCUUAAGGAGAUGCCAAAGUGAAUGUCUCAAACUCUCUGAUUCUCGUUCUUCUUAGUGCAUUUCCCCCCUCAAGUUUGUAUACCAAGUGAUGGUAUUAUAGGGAUGGUUGAUCCCACCUUCUGAAACGUGUUGUUUUCUGACUCUGAAUGUGAUUCACUUCAUGACCAAUUUCUAGUUUCAUGAGAUUAAAUAGUAUUCUGAAUUGCCUCA